CUCACUCAGUGCGUGUUGGCUUUAUCUUUAUUAGGUUCUUAACGAAGACGGAGAUCCCAUUGUCGAGAUAACAGAGCCAGUCGCUUCGAAUUCACAAUCUUCAACUGCCGAGGCGCCGCCAAGACCGCAACCUUUGGAGGCGCGGAGCGCCGAAGAAUGUCAACGACGCAAGAGAGAACGUGAGGCUUGGCUUGACAUGCUUGAAGCAAACGAAGAGGAAGAAGAAGAACGUAGACGGUCAGGGGAAGGGAAUGUCCAACGGGCGAAGGACGCGAAGAUCCCUGUGAAAGCUAGCCCCAAAUCUGGCGAACCCGUUACAGAGAAGCCGAAAAAGCAACCGACGCCACCUGCCUCUCAACUGCAACAACCAGAAUCUAGCCGAACACAUCCUUCCCCUUCCUCCGCUUCUCCGUCCCAACCCCUGACUACACGACCCGGCAAGAAAUCAGUUAGUUUUGCCGAACCUGAGCAGGCUGACGAACGUCCCUCUCCUAACAAUGGAACUGAAUCAUGGGGUGACGUCGUUCCAGCCCGACUAAAAGAUGUCAAGCCUACGGCAGUGCAGCCUAUGCAAAUGAACGUCGUUGAGAGGACAUCCAAGUCUGUGAUCCCUCCGCAGCCCGGUAGUACACGUCGGAUCGCUCGCAUCAUCCAAACGCCUACUGCGGAUUCUGACGAUGAUGAUGAUGACGAAGAUCAUCUUCUCGAUUCUUCGGCAUCGAAUGACAGCUCGGGAAGUGAGGAAGAAGACCCCGACGAUGAAGAUGGCGAUGAUUUCAACGAAUUGAGAAUGCAAGCAGACAUUUCGAUGGAGUACUUCCGCCAACAGGGGAUGUUGAAGGGGCUUUCGCAGACCAUACCCCCACCCGAUCCUCGGCCAACCCAAAAGUUGGGUGAUUGGGAUCAACCGUACGUCCCACUGGAAGCCAAUCGCGCAUCGACGAAAGCGCGUCCAUCGUCCAUGUCUCGCUUCAAGGCUGAGCGAACGGCCGGGGAUCCUACACCCAGCGACCCGCGUCUUGCCUCAGCGAUCAGGUUUGGAAAGUUUGAAAAGGGUCAACUUGUUACCCGGGAUGAUGAAGUCAGCGGGGAUGAAGACGAUCUUGAUGCGUUGGACAAACGAAGCGGUGGGAUUAUUGAGAGGAUACUGAAGGGUGACCCUACGUUAUAUGAGGAUGAUGGUGGUUCUGGUUCUGCAGAGCUCAAUUCAGGGUCGCCGGCUGGAGAAUCGCAGCAAGCCAAUGUUGUCGAGAGCAAAACUGGCCUUCCUGCCGUCCCUAUUACUGUCACUCGGCCCAGUGAAAGCACAGUCGCCUCCAUUACGGAGAGUUCUACUUCCGAAGUCGUGGAUCGGCUGGCCCCAAGCCCCUCCGCAUCGAUUUCUGGCUCCCGAUUAAAGACGUCAAAACCGUCGGCUUCGACAGCAUCACGGACUGCUAAGCCUGCUAUCGGCAACGCCACAGACAAGAGGUCUCUUGCUGUUCCAUCACCUGUAUCCAAAUCCACUCGAGUCACCACACCAUCCUUGGGACGUCUGAGUUCGGGGCCAACCAAUGUACCGGCCGCUUUCUAUGAUCCUGCAGGUGGCUUCACGUCUGUCAUCCUCACACCGGAGCAAGCGGCUCUGCCUGGUUCUGCCAUGCCUCCGCCCGAGAAUCCAACUAAUACCAGCGCUGCGUCAUUUCCAGGCCGGAGAAUAAGCACCAUGUCAGCUGCCGUAGUGGAGUCCGUAAGUAGUCAUAAUAGGCAGGACGCUCGAGCGGGACCAAGGAAAACUGGGGAACGGAUUUCGCGAUUUAAAGCGGAGAGAAUGUGAUGCUCGUUCCAAAUCAUACAUUGGUGUAUCAUUAGUCAACAGCGUA